GCGAGGCGGCGACCGCCGGCGAGAGAGACGAGGGAUCCCGACGUCGCCCGGUCGGGAGGCGCGACUCCUCCUCCUACGCCUCGCGCUCGCCGGCGGCGCCGCUGCCCUCGACCCUGUCGUUCCCUCCCCCAGUUUCGAUUUGAAGGGCAUUUGGUCUGGGAUCUCUUCCUGGAGUGUUCGAGAUGGGCAAUCAGUUCCUUCAAAAAUAAUUAUAUGCGUAAUCAGUUCCUUCAAGAAACAUAUAUGCACCACACUGGGCACGGGCCAUGUCAUAUAUCUUUUGGGAUAGGGGUGGCGACAAGCAUUGGAACCCAGGGCGGUCGCCCAUAGCGUGGAUACUUUCUCUUUUAGAAGUUUUUAUUGAUUUUAGGCUUGGCCCUGGUUGUUUCUUCCUCAGUUUGUCCAUCCAGCUUAGAGGCUGUAUCAAUGUUUACCAUCAUUCGCAUAUCUUCCUUGUUAAGGAAUCAGUUAUAUACCCUUUUUUUUCUUCGUAGAAAUCAUCCGCUCAUCUCAUUAUUUUUGUUGGUACAUUAUCGUGUGGAUAGAUAUGUAGGUUUGAUGCCUGAAAAGAGCAGAUGUGGUGAUGCAAUUGGGGCUAGGGUGAGUGUCUAUUGCGGCAUUAAGAUAGCAUGCAAUCACGGCUACAACUACUGGUUUUUGUCUUUUGUGAAGUUAUCUUGUACAUCGGUGCAAUUAGUGCUCAUGCAUACAUCAUGUAGGAUUGCGUGCUCGCAACAUUGCCUGCCACGCGCCAUGUACCACCACAAGAUCAAAUUCACGGGCAUGAAUUAACCCAUUGAUUAUGUGAUAUAUCGUCAUGACACCUCUGCACAGGAAGACUCCUUGUAGAAUUCUUGGUAUGCAUGACAGCAUAUGCUAUAAAUCAGUGAAACUGUUGCAUGUUAUAAGUAAUGAAGCUGGCCAAGAAAUUACCUUAUUUACUCUCCAGACUUUUUCCUGAGGAAUCAUCUUAAAGCAGCACAUCACCAUUUGGUUUGUUUUGACAUUUGAAAGUUGAGACUUGAGACCCUUUAGGACUUGGAAGUUCUAAUGGUUACAACUGAAGUAUUGAUAUGUUUGCUAAUUAAUAGGUGAAUGGCCUGCUUGCUUUGUUUCUUUCAUAUUAACACUAGGUACUGAAUGAAGAAAAAAAAUAUUACUGUGGGCUAGAGCUAGGAAGAGCAUGUAUGAUUCCUAAACAGAAUUCGAAACAGAAGAGAAAUAAAUAGAACAAUUAGGUUUUCAUGCAUCUGUUCAAUCUGUUUGUCUUUUUUGAACUUGUUUCUGCAUUGACUGUUCAAAAUGCAGUUUGGGUCACAUCAAAGGAUGUGCCAAAAGCAAGCGUGGUGAUAGAGAACAGAUAACCUUCUUAGACCAUGUACAAUCUUAGAGAGAUAAGCACCGGCUUGCAUUGUACAUGGUCUUGCAUGUUCUUUACAUUGGAAACUGAAGAAGCACAAGAGGACAAAAUAAUGAUGAUGUUAACUUUUAUUUCUCAAUGUGUAUCUUUUGGCUUUGGUGAAGGUCUCACGCCAAAAGAAGUUUUAGUUCUUGAUCAGGAUCCGGUUUCCCUGUGGACCAUCUCCAAUAUGCUUGCUAGAUUCAACUUCAAAGUUCUUCCUUUCCAUACACCGGAAGAGGCCCUAGAUUCCCUUAAAAGGGGGGUUGCUAAAGAUAAGGAGCUUGAUUUGAUAGUAGCGGAAGUUCAUCCUGGCAAUACAGAGUUGGGCACCUUGGUGCUGUUUUACCACAUCCUGAAUGAACUUGAAGUGCCUCUCAUCACUAUGUGUGCCUAUGAUGAGGCAGUCUCUGCACGCAUGACCCUUGGAACAUGCUUCAAUGUGGUUAAGCCGUUGGAUACUGAAACCAUCAAUGUUCUGAGGAUGAGAGCACUGCAACACAGGUCUAUUAAAAAUCACAAGUCUGAAACUGAGGAUGAAGAACAAGAUGCGUUGGACGCAAAUGUCUAUUCCGAUAAUCUGGGUCGGUUCACGUGGAGCAGUGAGCUCCAUGAAAAGUUCUUGCAGGCUGUUGAAGUGCUUGGGGCGUCUGCCACGGCUGGAAAAAUUCACCAGUACAUGAAUGCCAAGGAUUUGAAUUUGACCAGACAGCAUGUCGCAAGCCAUCUCCAGAAACACCGGCUGCGGGCGCAGAGGUUAUCUCAAGGUUAUCAACAUUAUGCCAGCAUGAAAGAAUUAUCUGAGAUGAUUUCAUCGUCAUACAAGUUAGCCAGUGCUAAACCCAAUAAUUAUCUGGCAACAACCCAGACGCAGUUCACACAUGGGGUUGCCUCUUCUAUCUGGGACAAGUACCCUGGGAUCGUGUGGCCACAUGUGGAGGGAAGUUCAGCUGCCUCUGCUAUGUGGUACAAAUACCCCGGAAAGCCGUGGGGACAAGUGGGGGAGAGCUCGGCCAGAGCAGAAGUUUCCCAGAUUAAUGCAGGCCCACCUUCUGUUCUGAUACAUGGUACCAAGUCCAUUUGGGACCGGUACGAGGAGAGCCUGCAGUACUAUAAUGGGAGCCCGGCAAAUAAAUGUGAGGUGCUGCCUGUGAAGAGCAAAACACUUGAUGUAUAUGGAUGCAAUAUUUUCAUCAACCUGGAGAGAGGGGAGACCAGUCGUACGGAAGCAGCAGGCAAGAUUGUCAUCGGCCUGGAGAGCGAUGACAUGCACGAAGGCAGCAUGGAUAACGUGCAUGCUGCAGUUACUCCGCAGAAAGAUACCAUGGAGAAGGUGCGUGCCGCAGUUACUCCGCAGAAAGAUGCCAUGGACGAGGUGCACGCUGCAGCUAUUCCGCAUGGAGUGAAGGAGGUGCCUGCUGCAGCCAUGGGCGCUGGUGAUCUGAUGGACCUUGGGAGCGAAGCCCUGCUUGACGGUAUGGACAACUACCACCCCAGUGCAGAGAAUGCGCAGUCUGAGCCUUUCAGUGACUCGGAUUGGGAUGAGUUGGAGAAAUUCUGGAUGAACCAGAUGGAAGGACAGGGCCAGGAGCAGCAAGGCCUCGUACCAUUGGAUCUGCUCCUGGUAGACGGCAUUGCGCCAGAUGAACUGCUCCAGGAAGACGAAGCCUGGAACCAGGCGCUUCAGCCGGCAAACCCGGCGAACGUCGUCAACAACACACCCAUAGCUGAAGAACCCGCCACUGGAGAUGCCCUGGUGUACGAUCUUGCGAACCAAUCCGGCGUCGCCGACAACGUGUUCUGGGUCUGGAGCCCCCAGUUUGCGGGCGACGACUAUGGCAUGCCGUUCUAGGCCCACCAGAAGAGGAGCAACUCAAGAACUGCUUUUAUUUUAGUAGUAAUAAUAAGACUGGUGAAGUAUAAGCAAUAAAGUUUCCUAGGGAGAAAUCCCCAGGAGAUAUAUGGGAGAGCUGCUGAUGCUCGGACAUGUUUCCAGUGCUCUGUGGCAUUGAUUAAACCCAUUCGUUAAUCGGUUUCCAGACUUGUACA